AUGUAUCGGCACCCAACACGCCCGCCCGCAGUCGCCAACAGCUGUAACCGACGUAGUGGCACCUUGCCCGAUGAUGAGAACUGGGGCUCGUCCAGUGGGCCCAGUAGAGCCACCUCCAAUGAGCGCGAAACCAGUCAGUCUAGAAAGAAUCUAAGCAGUUGGCAGUCAAAGAAUAAAACCAAGCCACCGCUUCACCGUCAAAGCACUGAGGAGUUUGACUUUGAGGAUGCAGCUGCAGAAAACGCUUGGCGCGGACCCACCAGCGCCAGUCCCGAGCAGCGGCUCGAUAGCCGUCGGCAGCCGGACACACGCAGCAAUGUCCGUACUAAGCCAAAGUUACGUAGUACGGAUGUGGACCGAGCUAGAAGCGAGUCGGUUCGUCGUCCGGUAACGCCCGUAUUGAGAGUGAAUCCUGAUGCUCAGCCCGCAGUGCCCAUGCCCCGAACGCCGAUGCGUUUGAAAAGUAAGGUCUCGUUGACUGCUCGAGCCAUGCAGGAUAUUGUUAACAAACGGAGUCAACGACUACAACGCACCGGUACCGAUGAUUACGAUCUAGAGGAAAGUGAAACUUAUGGUACAGGUGGCCAUUUUGAUGACGCUGUAGCGGCGUAA